ACAAAUAAAUCGCUUCCAUAAGCAGUUUUCAGUAGUUGGAUAAAAUGGUAAACACAAAUGAUGUUAAAAAAAAACGGCCUAGAUGGAAACCACUUAACCUCUGUAGAAUUUGUUUAACUUAUAGCCCCUCAAUGAUUGGAAUGUAUGAAAAUUUCAGGGAUUGUGAAACUAUGAAAAUACAUGAAGUACUGCAAAAAGCUUUGUGUUGUGAGAUAAUUAUAACCCAAAAAACGCCUAAUCAAAUUUGUUCGGUUUGCUUGAGUAUCCUCAAAAUAUUAUAUGACUUCAAAAAGCAGUUUGAAGAAUCCCAAAUCAAAAUAUUUGGAAACAUAAAUGAAAUCAAUCAAGAUAAUAGUAGAAAAACUGCAGUGGAAACUUCCACAGAAGUAGAAAUAAUUAUUGGGAAAAAUAAUUUCAGUUUGGAUGAUGUUGUUGUUGUGGAUAAGGACGAGAGAAAAGAGGAUUACACACAGUUAUUAAACAAUUUAGGAAAAGCAGUAACAGUAGAAUAUUUGGGAAAGUCUUCAAGUAAAGACAAUCCCAUCCAGGAGGUGUAUGAUGAAGAACCUCAAAACCCUUCUGGAGACGUGUAUGAUCUACAAACAUGUAAUGAUAACUUGAAAGAUGAAGGUGAUAGUGAAGAAUAUGAAACAAUAAUAAUUGAAUAUAUCUCUGAUACGGAGGAUGCCGUUAUGGAUCAAAAUGAAUGUAAUGAAAGUAAGAAGAAUGGAGAUGUGAAAAUAUCGAAAGAUUCAUCUUUGUCAAAGAUAAUUCAUUCCUAUAUUAUUGAAGGUGAUUAUUCUAAAGAACUACAAAAUGAAGUAAUUGGGGAAUCCGGAAAAAAAGAAUGUAGAAAUUUCAGCCCAGAACAUAUCAAUAGAGUUAGACAAAAAAAAACAAAGAAACACAGAUCAGCUGAAAUGAUGGAAAUCGAAAAGUAUAUUAUUUAUGGAACAGGACAAAGUGCAGAAGAAAGAUCUGAAGAAAUGAAAAAUGAAUUUACUAUUGAUAAUAAAAAUAAUUUAUCAGAAAUCAACAGAGAUGAUGAAAAAGAAUCAAAUAAGGAUUCCACUGUUCAAUUGAAUCAAGACAGUUCAGAAACAAAUAUUGACAAGUUGGAAGGAACUGGUACUAAUCUGCACUUUUGUGACAAAUGUUUCAAGUGUUUCAAUAAUAAAAGAAUUCUGGAUAGACACUUGGUUUUUGCACAUGGUCAAAAAGGUGGGGCACCUAAAAGAUGCAACCGUAUAAAGACAUCAAAAGAGGAUAGAAGGAUUAAUCAGAGGGAAAGAUGGAAAGAGAGAUUCAAGAAGAAUCCUAUGCUGUGUCAAAUUUGUGGACAUGUGUCAAAGUCCGCAGGUGGAGCUAAAUACCAUUCGCUAACCCAUGGUGAAAAGUCAUAUAUGUGCGAUUUUUGCCCGAAAAAAUUUUUUACUCCUUCACAUUUGAAAAACCAUUUACAGUUCAAACAUGAAAGGAAAACGAUUAAACAUCUCUGUUCCAUUUGUGGUGAACAUAAAAACUCAUCUACCGCUCUGGCCUACCAUAUGAAAUUACACACAAACAAUCCUAAGAGAUAUCCGUGUCCAGUGUGCGGUCUUUCAUUUUUAGUGAAAGGAGGCCUCAAGAUGCAUCUCAGAAGGCAUAUGGGGGACAGAAGAUAUCCUUGUAAUAUUUGUAAUAAAUCAUUUUUUAGCGCCAAUGAGAGAAAAAAACAUGUGAUGAUACACACUGGAGAGAGGCCGCACAAUUGUAAAUAUUGUGACAGAAAAUUUGUUAGUGCAUUCAAUCAGAAAAUUCACAUGAUGACACAUAGCGGACCUUAUUUAUGUGAACUCUGCUUCAGGGGAUUCGCUGACAAAGAUUUACUGAAGAUGCAUAUAAAGUACAAACACAAUUCAGAAAAUGGAAAUGAAAAAAAAUUGCCUUCAAAGAACCCAAUCCAACCAACGAAAGAAGAUACAGAAAUAAUUGAUGAUGCAAUGGAGCCACUUCAAUGUCCAGAAUCAUCUGAUAAUAUGAUACUUGAGGUUUUUAAUUUACUGGAUGGUACUGAAGAAGAUGAGUUGAAGUACGAUGACGUCGACUGAAAUUGUGCUGAUUUCAUGGAGGUGGAGGUUGAUUUGAACCUUUCAUGUAUAUUCAAAAGUGCUAAAUGGAUUUGUUCUUUUUGUUUGCGGAGUUUUUCCGAAUUUCUGUAUUCUUUGAAGAUUGUUUGCAAUUCGCUAUGACUAAAAUGAAAUAUUCAUUGGAGUUAGAUUGAAAUGUAAAUAUAUGUACAUACAACAAAUAUAUAUUCAUACCUUUCCA